AUGGAUCUGGAGAAUGAGUCUUCGAACUCUUCUUCUGGCGAUGGUCAAGGCAACGGAGUGAGAAUGUCAACUUCCUUUCACGGUGGAACUCGCCUCAAUCUGCCUUUCUACGACCAGAGCACUGACUCCAUCGCCGUACACUUGGUCGCCGUCCGAGAUAUACUUGAGAACAAGAUCAUUGAAGCGCGCGCUCUUGAAGCCCUCGGACGUCUUCCCUUCCACCGGCGCACAACUCGCUUCAAGGCCCGCUUCAGUCCUCUUCCACGAUUCGUGCGGAUCAACAGGGGGGAUCAUGCUCACGCUCACACCGACGAUGAACCAAUCGAGAUGCUCGCACACCGCGCUGAACGGGUAGGCAGUCAUGAUUCCACCACCAAUAACCUGUUCCCGAUGGAGUCGACUGCGCUCAGGUCAGUCUCGUACUAUGUCUGGAUGCGAGCAUUAGUGGAAAUACUCAGGGUGCUUAUCGCGUUUGUUCUGUGA